ACCAACUCCGAACCAACACUAAGCCAAGAACGGAUCAUCUCGGAUGAAGACUCAUUUUAGGGGUACCGGUAUGUAUCACUACAGAUAUCAUUUUGAUAACCAAAUAAAGCUUGUAUACUUUGAGAUGACAAUACGAUAAUACACUGUGGAAAAAAGUUAUGAUGGAAAGAUUGAGGGAGGAGGGACAAUACUCUCCAACUAAAAGAAAACGUAAGCUGUUGCGUGGAGGAGGAAAGGAAGGAGAGUGAUAAAAGAGCUGCGCGACAGAUUUCUGCAGGUUAUGGUUUAGCUUCCUCUCUCUCUCUCUGAGGAUGGAGAGCCUAGAUGGAGAUGAACUCUGCUACCCACAACUCAACUCCUCCUGCAAGAAACCAACACAUCCGUACACUCAGGCCAUGCUGAUCUAUGUCCUGCUUUCAUCCAUCUCUCUGAUCACUGUGGCUCUUAACCUGCUGGUCAUCAUCUCCAUCUCACACUUCAGGCAGCUCCACGCCCCCACCAACCUCCUCCUCCUCUCCCUGGCUGUCUCCGACCUGUUUGUGGGCUUCCUGCUGAUGCCCGUUGAAAUAAUCUACAUCGAGGCCUGCUGGUUUCUCGGUGACAUCGUGUGCACUCUGUAUUACGUUAUCGACUACAUCAUCACAUCUGCUUCGGUAGCAAACAUGGUGCUCAUAUCUGUUGACCGCUAUAUAGCCAUUUGUGACCCGAUGCAUUACGGCACCAAAGUCACAAAGAGGAGAGCACAAAUCCUGGUGUGUCUGUGUUGGAUUGUCUCUGUUUUCUACAAACCUCUGCUUUUGUACGAUCACCUAGAAAAGCCGGGCCGGUCUAACUCUUGUUUGGGAGAGUGCGUUGUUGUCAUUAACUACAUUGCAGGAGUUAUUGACCUUGUUUUCUCCUUCAUCAUACCCAUUACUGUCAUCAUAGUUCUGUAUUCGAGGGUGUUUAUAGUGGCUUUGUCUCAGGCUCGAGCCAUGCGUUCCCAUAUUGCAGCUGUAACAGCGCAGUGUUCAGGGACAGUAACCGUGAAGAAAAAAGAGAUGAAAGCAGCCAGGACUCUCGGUAUUGUUAUUGUUGUGUUUCUGUUCUGUUUCUGUCCGUAUUAUUACCCCGCUCUGGCAGGCGAAGACACUUCCGUCGACGCUUCGUCUGCAGCUUUUGAGAUCUGGUUGGCACAUUUUAACUCGUGUUUGAACCCGGUCAUCUAUGCCUUUUUCUACCCCUGGUUCAGAAAAUCCAUUAAACUCAUCCUAACACUUCAGAUACUGAAGCCUGGUUCCCGCGAGGCUCAAAUACUAUAGUGACACUCCGAGUUGUUUAAAAGUUGUUUUUUAUGAAAGGGAAAUGUAAUAGUUUGCAGCAGUCACAAUGUACUCAUUAAAGUAAUAUCACAACGUAGGAAAACUUUGUUACAAGUAAAAUACAUGCAUCAUAAUUCCACUUAAAACUCAUUCUGCACAAUCUUCCCUUUCAGAAUAUAAUAUAUUUUAGUGUUAAAUGAUUGAUGUUUGAAUGUGAUUAUCAGUCUAAUGUUGCAUUGCUUGGUAUGCUCCUCUUUAAGUGCUUUAUUGUUGUGUGUGCUUUAAGGACACUUGGAUUGUAAAGAAGAGGAAGAGACGAGGAGAGGGUUAUGAAAUUCAUCUUGUUGUAGGAUGGCUGUAUUUUCUUUUUGUUGGUUAUUGUGUCAAGGAUUUUGUAAAUGUUUUGUUGGAAUAUGCGCCAUGUGAUAAUAUCAGUAACCAUGUUGGAAAUAAGCAUUCUCACUUUCCAUGUUAUCCUUGCAUUGUUUUCUAUAUCCUUAAAUAAAAUCAAUC